CGCCAUGUCAUUUGCAGCGCUUGCCAACCUCGAGUCCGGCUCCGAGUCCGGGAGCAACUCGUCGAGCACCACGCCAAGUUCUUCUUCUUCGCCUUCUCCUGUGGAGGAGGAGGUUGUCAUUCCGCCUCGUCGGCUUGCCUGCUCCUGUGUCCUCGGUCAGCGUGAGCGUCUGCUGUUUGCUCUUGGGAUCGAAGCCCUUGGCCUCGGCUCGGCCGGCAAGGGUCGCAACGUCGUCCGCAAGCUCCGCAAGUCGCUUGUUCACGCCACCGAGAACAACGCUGCCACCGGCGAGUCCGGCUCGUCAUGGUGGAACAUGUUCUGUGCCUCGGACGUCGACGACGACCUUGCCGACGCCUCGGACGCACCGCCGCUUGACACAAACGCUGCCGCUGCUGCCGCCGCGAGUGCUGCCGGUGACAAGGCUGCUGGUAACGAGGCUGCCGCGUCGGCUGCUGGGCCCGAGGCCGAAGACGGAGCCGAGGUUCGCGAGGCAACCGAGUGGAUGGAGUCGGUCCGGCAUGCCAAGUUUGCCCACGACUACGAGGCCGCGGCCGAUGCCUUUGCCGCCCUCUCGGUCGAGGUCCUCGGCCACGAUCUGGGCGAGACCAUUUUCAUCCGGCCCAAGAUCUGCCUCAUGAACGUGCUCAAGGACGUGUUUGAGACUGCCAAGAUGAAGCAGCCGUCUGCUCCAGGCGCCUCUGCCGCGGUCGAGUUUUUCAACGCCACGGCCGCGCUCUUUGCUGCUGCGCCCGGCGCCGCUGGCGACGCGCCCAAGUGGCCGGUCGCCCUCGCCCAUGCCGUCGCCGCCCACCACGCCAAGGUCAUGCCGGACGCCGGUGAGUUUUCGCUUGUGGGCCACCCAGUCGGCAAGGACCACCCGGACGUGGGCUUCCUCUUUGGUGCGACCAUCAACCCUGAGUGCCCGUGCAAGCGCAAGAACGACGAGGUCUACCUCGGCGACGCAUACGUCCGCUCCAACAAGCUCCGCGAGAUCCGCGCCGCCGCCAACAAGGCCAUGAAGGAGUACGGGCCCAACUGGGACGUUCCGUACGAGUGCCUUGGCCUCAUCCACCUCGUCCGCAUCCUGCACUCGUCGCUCUCGGCAUCGGACGACAUCUUUGCCGCCUUUUUCGCGCCCAUCACCGCCGCGGCGUCGCCGGCCACAGAGCUGCCCGGCCACGGCGGGCGCUCCAUGCACGUCGACAAGCCCGAGUUUACCGCUGCGCUCCAGGCUGCCGGCGUGCCGGUCGACAACAUCGCCUCGUAUUGGGGCGACGGCGCCGACAACCCGGCGUACGGCCUCGACACGACUUCGCGCCGCAUCGCCGAGGCCGCUGUCGCUUUCCGCGACACUGUCGGCCUUGACGGCGACGCUCUCGGCGGCGCCAUCGCUGCUUACUUCCGCGGCGAGACCCGCGACGAGUUCUCGCCGUCGUCAGCGAAGCUCCUCGCCAUCGCCGCCCUCGUCGGAAACUACGACAAGCGUAUGAUCCGCAUGCGCUGGCGCACCUUUAAGAACUUUGGCACCGAGCCGGGCUCGGACGCUCCGCACGCCGCCGACUUUCGUGCCGUCCGCGCCGCCUUCAAGGACAUGUUUGGCGCCGAGUAAACUGACCUCUCUCUCUCUC